ACCCUCACUCUUCUCUCGCUCUCCUCAGUUAUCUCCUUUCCUUGCAAUCUCUUACCCUCUCAACCAAAAUAUCAACUGCUCCCUUCUCUUUCCUUCUCAAGCUUCUCCCCACCUACCCCCCUUUCUCACCCCUCUCUCUUUCUCUAGGCUCUCUUCCUCCCCCCACUCCUAAAGAGGCAGACCUCUAUGUUUCUCUCAUUUGUUGACGGGCUUGGUGUGAUGAACGGCUGGUGAAUUCCCUAGAUUUCAUGUGAGACUGGUGUCACGCAUUAGAUGACGGUAGGGUUGUCAACUUGUCCUUGGUCCUGGGGGAGUCCAUUCCUCCCCGCUCUCCUCUCCUUCACCAGAGACCAGCUCGAGUGAAACUUCAGAACAAGUGAAACUUCAGGAACUGUACAGACUCACCUACUCUUGCCUAGGAUCUCAGCUCAUCCUGAGGCCAUGGGAGUCACCCACGGAAAGAAAAGUGAACACCACCUCCAAAUAUCUCCCACGAGAAGUAGAACACCUCUGAAGGGAACAGCCUCAGCCCACACUGGCCUGUCGGAACAGGAUGGAGAGCAGGGUCAACGUGCAGAGGACCAAGAGCAGGGGAAGUCGGGUGGAUCACCACCUCAGCCAGAGAGUCAGGAGGAGGAGGGCAGAGACCUUAUCAUCCAGCCCAAGAAGCGCCUCAACCUGGUCAGAGUGUCCAAGAGCCACCAGGAGCUCCACAGGGAGUUAAGGAUGACACACAAGAGAGGUCCCUGUCUGGAUGUGAAGCCGGAGCUCCAGCGUGUACUGGAACAGAGGAACUGGGAACAGGGGAUGAAACAGAGGAGAGAGGCAGAGGAGGAGAAGAAGAACAGGUCUCCUCUCCAACAGGAACUGCUCAAGAGGCACCAGAGGCUGGAGGAGCUGGAGAGGGAGCUAAAGGCACAGCAGGAGGGCCUGCAGAGUUCCCCAGAGUUCAUCAGAGUUAAAGAGAGCCUGAGACGCACCACCAUACUGGAUCUGGGAGAGAAGGUCGUUUAAAAUGACCCGACGGGAAGAUGCGUAACGUAUGGUUAGAGUGGCGUUGGGGUUGUUUUAGCAUCUACAUGAGGUCAGGAUAGGAUGGUGUGGAUAAAUGAUUACGCGGAGGUGGAAGGAAGACUGACAUUGAGCUAUUCGAUUGGGUUGACAGUUGGUGGGAUAGUGUGCUUGGCAUAGUUCAGCUAGAUAGUUCAGGACAACAGUGAUCCAUUAGUAGCUUAGACCCAGAUCUGUUUGUGCUGUCUUGCCAAC